AUGGCGACGAGGAACAGGACGAUUUUGUACAGAAGGUAUAGAGAUGCUUUGAAGAGCGUCAGGGUUCCAGCGGGCUCGUCGCCAUCGAGCUCCGGCGGCGGCGGCGGAGGUCCCGUGAUCGAGCUGUCGACUUCUUCUUUGCUUAACCCUAACAGAUCCUACGCCCCUCUAAGUACUGAAGAUCCUGGAACAUCCAGUAGGGGUACAGUUGCAGUAGGUUUACCACCAGCUUGGGUGGAUUUAUCUGAAGAAAUAGCAGCUAACGUACAGCGUGCAAGGGGAAAGAUGACUGAUUUGGCAAAGGCUCAUGCUAAGGCCUUGAUGCCUUCAUUUGGAGAUGGUAAAGAAGAUCAACGCCAGAUUGAGGCACUAACUCAAGAGAUAACUGAUCUGUUAAGAAAAUCAGAGAAGAGAUUGCAAAGACUCUCUGCAGCUGGGCCCUCCGAGGAUUCUAAUAUUAGGAAAAAUGUCCAGAGAUCUUUAGCUACCGACCUUCAGACCUUAUCACUGGAGUUACGUAGGAAACAAUCCACAUAUCUGAAACGGCUUCAGCAGCAAAAAGAGGGUCCUGAUGGUGUGGACUUGGAAAUGAACUUAAAUGGGAGCAAUUCUAGAAGGGAUGAAGAUGAUCUGGAUGACAUGGGAUUCAGUGAGCAUCAAAUGGCCAAACUAAAGAAAAGUGAGGCAUUCACAGCUGAAAGGGAGAGGGAAAUUCAGCAGGUGGUGGAAUCAGUCAAUGAACUCGCCCAAAUUAUGAAGGAUUUGUCAGUUUUGGUGAUCGAUCAGGGUACUAUUGUCGACAGAAUCGAUUACAAUAUAACAAAUGUUGCAGCCUCAGUUGAAGACGGGCUGAAACAGCUGGAGAAGGCAGAGAAAAGUCAAAAACAUGGUGGGAUGGUUAUGUGCGCCACUAUUCUGGUUAUCAUGUGCUUUGUUAUGCUUGUUCUCUUAAUUUUGAAGACGAUUCUAUUUUAA